AGAACGCUUAUUUCAACAGCGACAACAGUUCGUGAAACACUUCGGGAGCUUGCUAGCCAAAAUCGACGAACCAAUAAAGCUCUUUAGACGCUUUAGUGUAUAUUAGCCACUGUGUUUUAAACCCACUUCUGUCGUCUAGUUAGUUAUCCGAUUUAAUUUCAUAUUUACAGUGUUGUUAUUAGUCAGCUACCGGACUGGUUAAGUUAGCAUUAGCCUAGCUAGCUAACAUCUCCGACCAUGAGCUCACUAAGCUACUCCUGUUAAAGAAGAGGCGGAUAACACAGUAAAACAAGAAGUAGAGGGUGAGGCCGUUACUGUGAAAGAAGAGGAAGACGCGUUCAGAGUGAAAGAGGAGGAGGAUGUUACAGUAAAAGGAGAGGAGGAUGUUACAGUAAAAGGAGAGGAGGAUGUUACAGUAAAAGGAGAGAAGGAUGCAGUUUUUGGAGUGAAAGAGGAGAAGGGAGAGAUGACUGUUACAUCGAAAAAGGAGGAGGAAGAAGAGGAGGAACCUGGAUAUCUGGGCCAGGUUUUCCAAACGCAUCUUAAGGAAUCCAAUGGUUCUAACGAUGAAUUUAGCCAAAAGAUGUUUUUGAGAAACCGUUCCCUUAUUAACACUAGAGAGAGACGUGACUAUUGUGGAUCCUCUGGGGGUCCUCAACAACCUCAUGAUGUUGAAGAGGCAGAGAAGAGUCUCUCCAGAUCAGAACACCUCAACAAACACCUGCAGAAAUCCACAGGGAAGAAAUCUCAUUCCUGCUCUGAGUGUGGGAAGAGAUUCACUUGCUCAUCAGGCAUUAAAAUUCAUCAGAGAAUCCACACAGGAGAGAAAUGUUUUAGCUGUACUCAAAGUGGGAUGAAUUUUACUCGGUCAACCAGCCUGAUAUCACACCAGAGAACACACACAGGAAAGAAAUUGUAUAUCUGUGCUCAAUGUGGGAAGCGUUUUAGUCGAUCUUUUGCUCUGACAGUGCACCAGAGAAUACACACAGGAGAGAAACCCUAUAGCUGUACUCAAUGUGGGAUGAGUUUUACUCAGUCAGCCAGCCUGAUAUCACACCAGAGAAUACACACAGGAGAGAAAUUGUAUAUCUGUGCUCAAUGUGGGAAGCGUUUUAGUCGAUCUUUUGCUCUGACAGUGCACCAGAGAAUACACACAGGAGAGAAACCCUAUAGCUGUACUCAAUGUGGGAUGAGUUUUACUCAGUCAGCCAGCCUGAUAUCACACCAGAGAAUACACACAGGAGAGAAAUCGUAUAUCUGUGAUCAAUGUGGGAAGAGUUUUGGUAGAUCUGGGCAGCUGAAUGUACACAAGAGAUCACACACAGGAGAGAAACCUUAUAACUGUGAUGAAUGUGGUAAGAGUUUUGGUCAUUCUAGCAUUCUGACAGAGCACCAGAGAACCCACACAGGAGAGAAAUCUUAUGUCUGUGAUCAAUGUGGGAAGAAUUUUGGUAGAUCUGGGCAGCUGACUGAACACAAGAGAUCACACACAGGAGAGAAACCUUAUAACUGUGAUGAAUGUGGUAAGAGUUUUUGUAGAUCUGGACAGCUGACUGUACACAAGAGAUCACACACAGGAGAGAAACCUUACAGCUGUGGUCAAUGUGGGAAGAGUUUUAUUACAUCUAGCAUUCUGACUCAACACCAGAGAACACACACAGGAGAGAAUCCUUUUAUCUGUGAUCAAUGUGGGAAGAGUUUUGGUAGAUCUGGGCAACUGACUGUACACCAGAGAACACACACAGGAGAGAAACCUUAUAGCUGUGAUCAAUGUGGGAAGAGUUUUUGUCGAUCUGGACAGCUGAUUGUACACAAGAGAUCACACCCAGGAGAGAAAUCUCAUAGCUGAGAUAAUCUGAUAAAAGAGCUCUGAUUUCAAUAUCAGAAAAUACAUACAUGAAGGAGUUGUUUCAUGAUAUUAAUGUCACAAUGUAGAAUGUUUUAACAUUGUCGUAGGAGGAUUUUGAUAAUGUCACAAUGUUGAACCCUAAACAUUUGUCCCCUGUUCUAUUGAUUUCAACAUGAUAUGGAUAUUAGCCUCGGGGAAAAUCCCGGCUCUGAAAUGGAAGAGUACUAUUUAUAUGAUUUAACAAAAAGUGACUAACAAAAAAAGAGACCCUUACCACGUUGGUGACCCACUUGAAUCAAAAUGCAAGACUUCAAAAUGUAGCUAGCUGUUUUCUACAAAUUGUCCUCUAACCAGCGAUGUACACAUUAUUCCCAGAUUCCGUGUGGUUUUUGAGAUGUUAGUUUUAACAGGACGUGCAACCUCAUCUCCCUCCUCUCGGCACAAAUGAUUUCAACAUGAUAUCGAUGAAUGAUGACAAAUAAGUGUUGCAUUCCUUUGUUUAGCGACCCCUAAAUUUAAAUGUAUCACUCCAAAAUGUAGCUGACUGUCUUCUGCAGGUUAUAUUUUACCUCACUGGUUAGAGGACAUCUCCCAUUUCCAUGUGUUUUUUUUAGUUGUGUUUGUUUCAAAUCAAAUUUUAUUUGUCACAUACACAUGGUUAGCAGAUGUUAAUGCGAGUGUAGCGAAAUGCUUGUGCUUCUAGUUCCGACAAUGCAGUGAUAACCAACAAGUAAUCUAACUAACAAUUCCAAAACUACUGUCUUAUACACAGUGUAAGGGGAUAAAGAAUAUGUACAUAAGGAUAUAUGAAUGAGUGAUGGUACAGAGCAGCAUACAGUAGAUGGUAUCGAGUACAGUAUAUACAUAUGAGAUGAGUAUGUAGACAAAGUGGCAUAGUUAAAGUGGCUAGUGAUACAUGUAUUACAUAAGGAUGCAGUCGAUGAUGUAGAGUACAGUAUAUACGUAUGCAUAGGUAGCAUUGUUUAAAGUGGCUAGUGAUAUAUUUACAUAAUUUCCCAUCAAUUCCCAUUAUUAAAGUGGCUGGAGUUGGGUCAGUGUCAAUGACAGUGUGUUGGCAGCAGCCACUCAAUGUUAGUGGUGGCUGUUUAACAGUCUGAUGGCCUUGAGAUAGAAGCUGUUUUUCAGUCUCUCGGUCCCAGAUUUGAUGCACCUGUACUGACCUCGCCUUCUGGAUUAUAGCGGGGUGAACAGGCAGUGGUUCGGGUGGUUGAUGUCCUUGAUGAUCUUUAUGGCCUUCCUGUAACAUCGGGUGGUGUAGGUGUCCUGGAGGGCAGGUAGUUUGCCCCCGGUGAUGCGUUGUGCAGACCUCACUACCCUCUGGAGAGCCUUACGGUUGAGGGCGGAGCAGUUGCAGUACCAGGCGGUGAUACAGCCCGCCAGGAUGCUCUCGAUUGUGCAUCUGUAGAAGUUUGUGAGUGCUUUUGGUGACAAGCCGAAUUUCUUCAGCCUCCUGAGGUUGAAGAGGCGCUGCUGCGCCUUCUUCACGACGCUGUCAGUGUGAGUGGACCAAUUCAGUUUGUCUGUGAUGUGUAUGCCGAGGAACUUAAAACUUGCUACCCUCUCCACUACUGUUCCAUCGAUGUGGAUAGGGGGGUGUUCCCUCUGCUGUUUCCUGAAGUCCACAAUCAUCUCCUUAGUUUUGUUGACGUUGAGUGUGAGGUUAUUUUCCUGACACCACACUCCGAGGGCCCUCACCUCCUCCCUGUAGGCCGUCUAGUCGUUGUUGGUAAUCAAGCCUACCACUGUUGUGUCGUCCACAAACUUGAUGAUUGAAUUGGAGGCGUGCAUGGCCACGCAGUCGUGGGUUUACAGGGAGUACAGGAGAGGGCUCAGAACGCACCCUUGUGGGGCCCCGUGUUGAGGAUCAGCGGGGAGGAGAUGUUGUUGCCUACCCUCACCACCUGGGGGCGGCCCGUCAGGAAGUCCAGUACCCAGUUGCACAGGGCGGGGUUGAGACCCAGGGUCUCGAGCUUGAUGACGAGCUUGGAGGGUACUAUGGUGUUGAAUGCCGAGCUGUAGUCGAUGAACAGCAUUCUCACAUAGGUAUUCCUCUUGUCCAGGUGGGUUAGGGUAGUGUGCAGUGUGGUUGAGAUUGCAUCGUCUGUGGACCUAUUUGGGCGGUAAUCAAAUUGGAGUGG